GCUGGAAGCAGAGCGAGCUGUGCAUUUGCUGAUCGCAGCACAGAAGAGAAGGAGUAUCCUAACAACCAACAAAACACAGCACUUUCAAAGAGAUCCACUCUGCUCAGGAGCUAACCUUAUUGUUGGCUAUCAAUUCCUCUGCAACUGAAGCCACACGUACACAAGCUCGGAUGCUGGAUUUAUCCAUUCAAGGGCAUGCUUAACCAACUGGAUUACACCUCAUUAUCAUUUUUGGUGCUCCAGACUUGGGGUUUUGCUUAAAAGAAGUUCAGACCCCUUUAUGUGUGAUUUAUUGUAAAUUGUGGUAGAUUUUUUCUUUUACAUUUUUUUUUAUUGUUUUCAUUUUUGCUCUUUUUAUCUGAGUUGUGCAUCAAUUUUGGGAAUAAUACUGAUUUUCUACGGACUUUUGGAAGCAAGGCAAGGAGAUGAAGGUGGAUCCUAUUCGCAUCUUUGGCUUGACGUUUCUCUUAAUACUUGUGAAGCAGGUAUCUAGCUCCGGGGUCUUCCAGCUGGAGCUUCAUGAGUUUAUCAAUACCAAUGGGAUGUUGGUAAAUGGGAAGUCCUGUUUACCCAACUGCAGGACCUUCUUCAAGAUUUGCUUGAAACACUACCAGACGGUGGUCUCCCCCGGAUCCUGCACCUUUGGCAGCGUCAUCACUCCAGUCCUUGGAUCCAACACCUUCAGCAUCAAAGGGAUGGAAGGGUUUACCAACCCCAUCAAGUUGCCCUUUAACUUCACAUGGCCGAAAACUUUUUCACUGAUCAUUGAAGCCUUUCAUUCUCCUACAGACCUCAGUCAGCAAGAAAUCAAGAUCAGUCAGUUUACCAUCCAAAAACCUCUUAAUGUGGGUGAAGAAUGGUCAAGAGACAUUCAGUCUGGAGGCUCACAGAUCCAGCUCAAAUUUUCCUACAGAGUAGUCUGCAGUGAGAAUUACUAUGGAGAAAGCUGUUCUAGACUGUGCAAGCCCCGUGACGAUCGCUUUGGGCACUAUUUAUGUGAACCUGAUGGGAGAGUGUCCUGCCUCAAAGGAUGGAAAGGCGAAUACUGCGCAGAACCCAUUUGCCUGGAUGGGUGCAGCGAGCAGAACGGCUAUUGUAACAAACCUGGAGAAUGCACUUGUCGCCCAGGAUGGCAAGGUCGAUUCUGCAAUGAGUGCAUACCCCAUAAUGGCUGUCGACACGGGACGUGCCAGAUUCAGUGGCAGUGUAUUUGUGAUGAAGGCUGGGGUGGUCUUUUUUGUGACCAAGAUUUAAAUUACUGCACUCAUCAUAAACCCUGCAAAAAUGGAGCAACCUGUAUGAACACAGGACAGGGAAGCUACACUUGUUCUUGCCCACCAGGUUUUAGUGGCGUCAACUGUGAAGACAAAAUCAGAGAAUGUGACAGCAACCCAUGCAGGAAUGGUGGCAGCUGUAGGGAUUUGGAGAAUGGUUACAGGUGUGAAUGUCCUCAGGGGUAUGAUGGAAGCCACUGUGAGAAAAGCGUUCUGAAUUGCGGCAACUCUCCAUGCUUUAAUGGUGGUACAUGCAGAGAGAGAGAAGUCGGGGCCAGCUAUACCUGUCAGUGCCCUCUGGGCUUCACAGGCUCCAACUGCGAAAAAAAAGUUGACAAAUGCACGAGAAAUCCCUGCCUGAAUGGAGGUCAGUGCUUUGAUUUUGGAAAAACACAAUUGUGUCGCUGCCGUCCUGGUUUUACUGGCCCCACCUGUGCAAUUAAUAUAGAUGACUGUGCAAAAAACCCAUGUCUAAAUGGAGGGAUCUGUACUGAUGCUGUCAAUGAUUAUUAUUGCGAUUGUCCACCAGGAUACAGAGGGAGAACCUGUAAUGUGAAAACCAUCGAAUGCAUUUUGCCUUGCAUGAAUGGAGGAACAUGCUAUAUUGGACCUUACGACAACAACUGUGAUUGUCCUCCUGGCUUCAUGGGGAGUCUUUGUGAGAAUCCAAUAGAACCCAAAGUAGAUUUUCCAUGGGUUGCAGUGUUCAUGGGUGCUGGCUUUGUGGGGGUUCUUGUGUUGCUCUGCAUGGUUAUAAUAACUUUUAGGCAUUUCCGUAAACAGCCCUUGCAUGAGAGUAAUACAAUGAACAAUUUAUCUGAUUUCCAAAAAGGUAACUUGAUUCCAGCAUCGCAGCUUAAAAAUAUAAACAAGAAGAAAGACCUGGAAGUAGACUGUGGCAUUGAAAAAUCAAAUUACAAACUGAAAAACCACACUUUAGACUGUAAUCUAACACACGGAAUGAUUGGCAAUGUCAGUAGUGGAAUCGGAAAAGGAAAUAAAUUCCAUAAUAGUGAGAAAUGUUUAGAAGAAGAGAAGUUUCCUCUUCGUUUUCACAGUGAUAAGCCAGAGUGUAGAAUAUCAACGAUAUGUUCCUCAAGGGAUUCAAUGUACCAGUCAAUUUAUGUAAUAGCAGAAGAACGGAACGAAUGUGUGAUAGCUACAGAGGUAUAAAACAUGAGUUGAAUAUUCAGAUAUUCAAUGUGCAAGGUGUCUGAAAAAGGACAACUAAGGGAAGAGGCCUGCCAUGUAGCUCCGUUGUUUACAGAAAAGGUCUUUCGUGGACUGGAGGGGAUUUUUUCUCAUGCAACUUGCUGCUUUCAGAAGAUCGAAAAAUCUCAGCUGAAGGGUUAAAAACUGUGAACUUGCAGGAUGCAAAAAAAAGACUUCAGCCUUUAGCUAUGGAUUUUGGAAACCUGAUCAACUGAAUGUAAAAAAAAGAACUGGAAGAAAACGAAACACAAGCAAGACAUAAGUUAAUGUUAAAGACAUUUUACUGUUUAAGCUAGUUCUUAAAGUGUCCUUUGAGUUUUUUACUCCAUGUCAUAAUGUAAAAUUGCAAAUGUGAGGUGCUGACAGCAACUGAUGUUGGCAGUCACUGCCAUAUCAAAUAUAUGUUUCAGGAUGUGGAUUCAGAAUUGUUUAGCUAUGCAGAAUUUAAGCUGUCACGGUCACCAUGUUGUCCUCCUGAGUUUUGAAGUGCCUAAAGCAUGUCCAAGAGUCUACAUUGUGUUGGCUAAUGUUCACUGCUUUCCCAUGUAAUACCUGAACAGUAUUAAGCUAAGACAAUUGUUUUCACCAUACAUACACCAGCAAGAGGUUUUUGGAUGAACUGCUGUAAAGCAACAAGUGGAUAUUGCUGUAUCUAAAAAAAAAAAGUUUUUAAUUAAAAUUCUUGGGCAUUGUGUCCAUAAUGCUGUUUGGCCAGCAACCUUUAGUCAAAGCCUUACAUUGCGUACCAUGUCAAUCAAGCUGGGCUCUUUUAAUAAUUCCUUUUGCACUACUUAUUGUGAUUAGAAGUAUAUUUUGUAUUGAAAAAGAAAACACUAUAAGUGUUGUAAUUUCUCUCUAUUUAUCACAGCCUUAAUUUUGCAGGAAAGCCUCAAAUGCCAUCAAAAUAAUGCAUACCCAUUGUAAUACCUGUAGAACAUUACAACUCAUCACACACGUAUCUAUUUAUAUAACAUGACGACAAUAACCGAAGAUGGAACAAUCUAUGAUAACUAAGCCAGUUUUUCUAAAGAGGUUUCCACUUGUUUUAUUACAGCAUUAUAUUGUAUGGUUUCAGAAUAAAGAUCUAGGACGGUUUGUCAUCAAAUAGUGCUACAUUGCUUCCACUGUCAGGCCUCUAAGUAAUGACAAGCAAUAAUCUAUUCCCAUACUAACUGGUUCUACAGUAUUCUGAGUCUUCAUUUUUUCUUGAAAACUCUAAGGGUGAAGACACACAGAGCUACUAGUAGCAGCUACUUUUUCAAGGCUACUAAACUCCAGAGAAUACCCUGCCACAGACAAUACUGAGAAUUGCCUCUGCUAAAACACAUGUAGAGAAAAUUAUCAGUAAAUGAUAAGCAUUCUUUUUUAGUAGCCACAACUAUUAGCUGCUACUAGUAGCUCCAUGUGUCACCCUGAAAGCUCUAUUGAGGAGUGUCCAUACUGUUAAUCAUGUUUGCAGUCUAAUGUCGAUUCCGACAGCAACGUCACUGUGCUUGAAAGCUAGAAACAUUGGAGUAGUCAACAGCAUAUCCUCCAUUCUUUAUCAUGUAAACUGCAACAAUAAUUAACAGGCUAGCGGAGAUUAGCACUUCUAGUUAUCUCUUAACAGGUAUUGGUUAGUUUACUACCUGAACAGUGAAAAGUAAAAUGGAAUAUACGUACUACUGAACUGUCACCAUACACUUUGCAAAAUAAUCUUACGGAAACCUGAAAUACCGCAUAAGUGGCCUGCGGGAAUUGACUCCAGCCCACAUAUCAACUCCAACAUUCAAUAAUAAAAGUUAAGAUGUGGCUUGCUGUCAUUUAGAAGCCUAGCAUUUCAAUAAUUUAAUGAAAAAGAAAUCAAAAGCACUGAAGUUUUUACAUUUUAUAGCAUUGUUAUGUAUAUAAUGUAUAUUUAUAACCAAAACAAAUGUAAAUAUGUUUAUUUCUUCUUAUGUCAUGUUUUUAAUGUGCUAGCAAAAAAGUCUGAAUUUUAUUUUUUUUUCCAAACAAUGAAAAAAACAUCUUCCAUCAACGUA